GGGCGCACAACGGCUCGAUACGGCCUUGAGUUAGACCCCGGCCGCCGGGUCAGAGUCUGAGGUCUCCCCCCGCACUCCCCUGAGGCCCUCCGUCGCGGACUCUGCCCGCAGCGGAUAAAGUCCCCCGCCGAAGCGGAGGGCGGUGAGAGCGAGCUCCGUGAGGCGCAGCGGCAGCCGCAGCAUUUUGAGGCGCGUCACCUCAACGGACAAAGAAGCGGGCGGCGAUGGCGGCGGGAGCCGACAACACGAACCUGUCGGUGGUGGUUCACAAAGCGGGCGACUUGCGCCUGGAAAAUCGACCAAUGCCUGAACCAGGUCCCAAUGAAGUGCUUUUGAAGAUGCAUUCUGUUGGGAUUUGCGGCUCUGAUGUCCACUAUUGGACACAUGGACAAAUUGGGGAUUUUGUUGUAAAGAAACCAAUGGUGCUGGGCCAUGAGGCUUCAGGAACAGUUGUCAAAGUGGGGUCCUCAGUGACCAAAUUAAAGAAAGGUGAUAGAGUGGCUAUUGAGCCUGGGGUUCCUCGAGAAAUAGAUGAAUUCUGCAAAACUGGGCGAUAUAACUUGUCUCCGACUAUCUUCUUCUGUGCAACCCCUCCUGAUGAUGGGAACCUGUGCCGCUAUUACAAGCAUGAUGCCAACUUCUGCUACAAACUUCCAGAUAAUGUAACGUUUGAGGAAGGUGCCCUUAUUGAACCCCUUUCUGUGGGAAUCCAUGCCUGCAGAAGGGCCGGAGUGACUCUGGGAAGCAAAGUCUUCAUAUGUGGUGCUGGACCUGUCGGGCUUGUGACCUUGCUUAUUGCUAAGGUAAUGGGGGCCUCACAAGUGGUGAUAACCGAUUUAUCUGCUCCCCGCCUUGAAAAGUCUAAAGAAAUUGGGGCUGAUUUCACUGUCCAGGUAAAGAGUGAGAGCCCCAAGGAGGUGGCCCACAUGGUGGAAGAUGCUCUUGGCUGCAUGCCUGACAUUACCGUGGAGUGCACUGGGGCCCAGGCCUCUAUCCAGACUGGUAUAUAUGCGACUCGUUCUGGAGGGACCCUGGUUUUAGUGGGACUGGGGUCUGAGAUGGUCACAUUGCCUAUUCUGAAUGCUGCUGUACGGGAGGUGGACAUCCGAGGAAUAUUUCGAUAUUGCAAUACGUGGCCAAUAGCAAUUGCUAUGCUUGCAUCGAAGAAAGUGAAUGUCCAACCAUUGGUGACACAUCGCUUUCCUUUGGAAAAGGCUGUGGAGGCUUUUGAGGCAACCCAAAAGGGUGUUGGGAUAAAAAUUAUGCUGAAGUGUGAUCCCAACGACCAGAAUCCCUGAAAAAAACAGGAAACUUCACUCUGCUCUACAAUCCUGCUGAUGAGGAUGGAGUAUGUGGAACAGGAAACUUUAUUUCUUAAGGACACUCAGAGCCUUAAAACUGCAUUGCCUAGAAAACAAUGUACUGCAAAAUUCUCCUAAAUCUUAAGCUCUUUUACCCAGAAUAGUUAGUGCAAUCUGAUGAAACAAAUGAAAUCAGUAGAAGGAGCUUGAUGAUAAUGGUCUUAGAGCUGAAACACAGUCAGAACAGACAUGAGGUGCAGCUUAUGCUGGGCAGUACUAUUUUAAACUGCCUGUGGGAGUGGUCCCUCGCAUAACAGUCUCCUUGGAUGAACAAAACUAUUAUAUGAGGGAAGAAGGUUCUAGCCUAACCUUCAGUUUUGUACAUAUGGAGAGUUGUUUUAUAUGGGAGAACACUGAAUUGUGCAAUCCCCACCUAUAGUCUGACCUAGUUCAGCCCAAUAAGAAUUGUACCAUGUGACUACUCUGAUAAUAUUUUCUGCUGUUAGACACACUUUAGUCUUGUUCCUGUAAUAAUCUCCCUCCAACUAAUGCAGAUUUUGGAACCACUUCACACAAUAUGCAUUUCAAACUUCUAUAUAGGAAACAGCCUGAAACAUAGCUAUGGAUCCUAAGAACAGCACUGCUGGAUCAGAUCUACAACAUAUCUAGUCCAGUAUCCUGUUUCCCACAGUGCCCAACCAGAUGUCUAUGGGAAGCCCACUAGCAGGGUAUGAGCGUAAUAGCCCUGCUAUUGUUUCCUAGCAGGGCCAACGCCAGGCAGGCUGGGGCCCCUGGGGCACCAGCCUGCACCGGGCCCUGGCACACGCCCACCCAUCCCACCUACCUCUUCUUGAAGGGCCCCUCCUUAGAAUGGGUGGGUAGCGGUAGCUUGCCACAGAUCGCGGGAGGGAGUUCCAAGGCACCCCACCACCACCACGCAGGCCUGCGAUGGCUGCCUGCAACAUGCUCCGCCUACCUCUUGAAGUAAAUGCUGGUCGCCAGGGCAGCGCCAGGCAUGCCAGGACUGCGCUGCAGGCGCAAGUCUUCCACCAGCCAAGAUGGCAGCUGAGGUUUCCCUAAGGCCUCUGCCGCCAUUUUGGUUGAUGGCACACAUGUGUGCUACGUGCACGCAUCCCUGGCUGCCGUCUGGCACUGGCCCUGUUCCCUAGCAACUGGAAUUCAGAAGCUUGGGACCUGUGAUCCCGGAUGUCGUAUGCUUAGUGCCCAUUGAUCAUCACAUAUGACAGUUGCUUGAAUGUUCAUUUAUUUGACUUGUGUGACUUAUAUAUGAAUUCUCAGUUACUUUCUCUGUAAGAAAUGCCUAAUGUGGGAAGCAGAUUGGGGGGUGGGUGGGUUGGAAGUUGGACUAGUGAAGUUACAUUCCACGGAAUGAGGAAUAUUUCAUUUUGGGGGGAAGGCUAUGCCUGAAUAUGUCUAUUUCAGUAACAGACAAUAUACUUGUACAUCAUGUAUUUGUAUGUGCACUGUGCUAGAAAACUGCUGCAAUUCCAUCCUAGAUUGUUGUCUCAUAGAACAUCUAGGAAUGGAUGAAUCGGUCCAUUUUGGUUUCUUUCCAUUUCUAUUUUUUUCUAGUCUUAAGUUCAUUUCUGCACCACUUCAUGAUUUUUUAAAAAAUUACUCAUGAAAAUUCCUCAGCUUUUAAGUGCACUUUUCUCCUAAUGACACCAUUUUGCAAGCGGUUUCCCCUAUUAUUUUCACUUGUUAUUUUCACUAAUAUAUGCAACUCAUGCACAGUUUUUGGUUGGAAAACUAAUGCAAAAUUUGGGGAACUAUGAAUUUUGAAGGAUAGGUGCAUUUUAGUUUGUGUGUUGUUUCAGAAACUGAAUUAGCUAGGUAUUGUAUUUCAAGGAGCAUCUCAGAGGCUUCACCCCCUCAUUACCACUAAGAAAUAAUAGGUUGUAUCUAAUGCUAGUCCUACUCAGAGUAGACCCAUUGAAGCUAAUGGGCAUGACGAACUUAGGCCCAUUCAUUUCAGAGAGUGCUUUGAGUAGGACUUUGCUGGAUGCAACCAAAUGAAUGUCGUGAAUUAGACUAUACCUGUCCUGGCCCCAUCUAUUUUCUCAUAUGGAAGAAAAUGGCAUGUUUGGUGUCUUUCCCCCCUGUGGAUGGAUUCCCUGCAAGCACAGCUAUUGUGUUUGAAUAUUCUGCAUUUGAGGACCUAAAUCCUUGCCUUUCUACAAGAGCUGCAAUGAGCACCACAGCUCUGAAAGGGAUGUCGACAUGUUUCAGCAAGUAACAAGGUUGAAAGCUGGACUGUCAUUUUGAAGUUUUAAGUGGCCACACCUGACGAUUCUGUGUCUUCAGCAAGGGCCUCAGACAGAAACCACUAAUGAUUUAUUUCAUUCAUCAGGGUCAUGUUAUACUGAUUCUGGUUCCACUAGGCUGUCUCUGUCCACAAAUGAAGCUUGAGCUAUCAAAAAGAAGUACAAUUGGGCAGGGUCUGUUAGAAGGGGCUAGGGUACUUAGGCUGCUUUGAAUGCUAAUUCUUAGGAAAUGUUACUUUGUUUUUAAACUCAGGGCAACUUGGAAAUAAAAUAGUUGCAUUGAAUGAA